UCAAGUCCCCCAAGACUCAUCAGAACCAGCACCGGAUGGAUACCAAACGAUGAUGGUUCUCAUUCAGUCUCUAGACAGACCUUGCUGGGCAAUACUUCUCCUUGUCUAGGUUUGAAAUCUGGCACUGAUGUUUCUUCACCGAACAGCGGGAGCAAGCUGCAGAACGUUCUCGUGGACUCACAUAUGAUACUCACAAGCAGCGAGAUAAACAUGCUUUCUCAAGUCUGUCGCUCCCACAAAGCGACAGUGACCUUAGCACUCUACGUUCUUGCCGCGACCACUAUCUCGCGUCUGAUUCCCCCGUCUUCAGCAAAAUAUACCAAACUGGUAGCUGCCGUCGCCAUCUCUCUCAGGGGCCCCGCCACUGCGUCUGCGGACGACUACGUAACGGCCCAUAAAUCGUAUCCGUCAAUUGAUACUGUGUUUGACUGGUCGAAAGCCACGUCUUACGCAACGGAGUUGCAACCCCAGCGGCUGCAAGAGCUUGGCCGAAGACGUGGGUCGACAUUUGAGAUAUCCAACGCUGGAAGGAUUGCGUCUAGCGAAGGCCGGUGGCGAAUCGAAGACAUGGUUUUUGCACAAUGCAAAGUCAUUCUGGGUUCCGCGCUGACAAUGAGCGUCGUCGGAGACCACACGGGAGCGAUGACAAUCGCAUUGACUUGGUCUGAAACUGCGGUGGCUGAAGCUGGUUGA